AUGGGCAUGUUAACUAGUGUUUUAGCAAUUAUUUUCAUUGCAAUAUCGUUAAAAACAGUGACAGACAAAAUGAAAGGUAUUCGCUUAUCGUGGCAGUUUCAACCAUCAGUCAGAAAGGAAGAUUUAUAUAUUAUUCCUAAGGCGGUAAGAGCGAAUGUGCCCACCCUGAAACUGCACGAUGGGCAUGACAUACCUGCACUUGCUCUAGGAACAUGGCUGGGAAUGAACGCAAAGGGCCGUAUUGAGCCCGCAGCGAACGAGGUGGAGCAAGCAGUGUCCUGGGCGAUAGACGCCGGGUACACACACAUCGACACUGCCCUCGUGUACAAGGUAGAAGACCAGGUCGGCAGGGCAAUAGCUGCCAAGAUCGCAAAGGGAGUCAAGAGAGAAGACCUGUUCAUAACUACCAAGCUAUGGAACGAUGCGCACGCGCAGAGUGCGGUGGUGCCAGCGUUACGGCAGUCGCUGGCCAACCUCGGGCUGCAGUACGUGGACCUGUACCUUAUACACUGGCCUGUGGGACAGUUUUUGAACGGUACCUAUGACUACACGGACUACGUGGAGACCUGGCGUGGCAUGAUAGAAGCCAAGAACCUAGGCCUCACCAGGUCCAUCGGAGUCUCCAACUUUAACCAACAACAGAUUGACCGGCUCCUCGAGCUGGGCUUGGAGAAACCCGCUGUGCUGCAAGUUGAAAUCAACUUGAACCUGCAACAACCCGAGCUGCUGGCGUACUGCGCGCGCCAGGACAUCCGCGUGAUGGGGUACACGCCCUUCGGGUCCCUGUUCUACAACAAGGCGCUGAAGACCGCACCGCCACCCAGAAUUGACGACCCAGCGCUAGUGGAGAUCGCCAACAAGUACCACAAGACUGUCCCACAAGUCGCACUUCGAUAUCUCGUGGAAUUAGGCGUGAUCCCGCUCCCGAAGUCGUUAACAAAAUCCCGCAUUGAGCAAAACGUGCAGGUCUUCGACUUUUCCCUGACGCAGGCGGAGCGGGACGUGCUGAAGAGCUUCGACAGAAACUACAGGACUAUCCCGCAGUACAAAUGGCUUGACCAUCCUUACUACCCCUUUGAGAAGAAGAACUAA